AUGGGUAAAGACACCAUCACCGAAGCCAUUGUGCAGCCUGUUCAGGACCAAUUGAAAAAGGUCACUGGAACCUCCGAGCCAGAACCCCCUAAAAAGGGGAUCCAGCUUUUCACCAACGAGUACUAUGCUGCUUGUACGUUGGGAGGUAUCAUUGCUUGUGGUCCUACCCACUCGUCAGUGACCCCUCUUGAUCUUGUCAAAUGUCGUCGUCAGGUGGACUCGCUGCUCUACAAGUCGAACAUCGAUGGCUGGAAGAAGAUCAUCAAAACCAAGGGUGACUCUGUUUUCACCGGGUUGGGUGCAACUUUCAUCGGUUACUCUUUGCAGGGUGCCGGUAAGUACGGUUUCUACGAGUACUUCAAAAAAACUUACAGCGACGUGGUUGGUCCCGAGACGUUUGCGAAGUACAAGGCCCCAGUUUACCUUGCUGCCUCGGCAUCGGCUGAGUUUCUUGCCGAUAUCAUGUUGUGUCCAUUUGAAACCAUCAAAGUCAAGACCCAAACAACGAUUCCUCCGUACGCCAACAACGUGUUUGACGGUUUCUCGAAAAUCUACAAAGCCGAAGGCUGGGGCGGGUUGUACAAGGGAAUUGGCCCAUUGUGGGCUAGACAGAUCCCUUACACCAUGGUGAAGUUCAGUUCUUUUGAAAAAUGUGUGGAAUUGAUCUACCAGUACCUUGGAAAGCCCGCGUCUGCUUACACCUCAGUCCAGCAAACCGGUGUUUCUUUUGUUGGUGGUUACAUUGCUGGUAUUGCUUGUGCUGUGGUGUCCCACCCAGCAGAUGUGAUGGUUUCGAAAAUCAGUUCAAACAAGGAUUCCAGCGAAAGCUUGGGUAAAGCUUUGAAGAGGAUCUAUGGCCAGAUCGGCUUCAAGGGUAUCUGGAACGGUUUGCCCGUCAGAAUCGUCAUGGUCGGUACCUUGACCGGAUUCCAGUGGUUGAUCUACGACUCCUUCAAGGUCUACGUUGGCUUGCCCACCACCGGUGGCCACUGA